ACCUGGAAAACAAGUUCAUGACUUAAGAGUUAAGACCCUCUCCGAUCUCUUUUGAAUCAAUUCUAACAAUUUUCCCUCUCAAAUCGAUGGAAAUUCAAUUCCAACAGCCAAAGCAACAGCAUCAGAAAGCAGGAAUUCCAAUCAGCAGAGGAGGGAAAUUCAAAGGAAGGAACAGAAGCCGGAGCAACCCAAACAAGUUUGUAGGAGUGAGACAGAGGCCUUCAGGGCGAUGGGUGGCUGAGAUCAAAGACACGACACAGAAGAUAAGAAUGUGGCUUGGUACGUUCGAGACUGCAGAGGAGGCGGCCAGAGCUUAUGAUGAAGCUGCUUGCCUUCUUCGAGGAGCCAACACUCGAACCAACUUCAUCACCCAUGUCUCCUUGGAUUCUCCUCUUGCUUCUCGGAUUAGAAAUCUACUCAACAACAAUAAAACAGGGAUUAAACAACAAAAACACCAACCAGAAGAUCGUGUUGGGCCAGACUCUACCCCUAAAGCCAGAAGCACCAGUACUAGCACUACUAGCAGCAGCAGUUCUGGCAAUAAUCUUGACAACAAUGAAGGUUCUCUUUCCAGUGGAACGAUUCAAGAUACCCAUUUGCUUGAUGAUGGUUAUAGACCAGAUUUGAGCUACUGCAAGGAGGAAUUUGCGUUGAGUUCAAUGUCCCAUCUUUCAUGGGGCGGUUUUGGACCUGUUUUUGAUCGGUUUCCUUUUGCUCAGGUUUCAGAGAUGCCCAAGACUGAAGGGGUUGUGUCUAAUACAGCUGACUUGGAUCUUUUAGAAUUUGAAAGGAUGAAAGUUGAGAGACAAAUAUCAGCUUCACUCUAUGCAAUUAAUGGGGUGCAAGAGUACAUGCAAACUGUUCAGGACUCCAAUGAAGCUCUGUGGGAUCUUCCACCCUUGUGUUCGCUGCUCUGUUAAAUUUGAUGGUCUAAAAUCUAAAUGACCUUGAAAUAUUGAUUUCCACUAUCAAAUUCAGUAUUUUCUUUACCUUCAUCUAAAAUUAGGGAAGAUUAUAUAUGAUCUAUGAUUGGUUGGAGUCACAACAUGCAGAAAACUCUAGUGAGGACUGAGGAUUGAAAUUCUGUUUGUCUAACUUCUUUCCAAAUGUCGGCAGGAAGUUACAUGAGUCAUAUAUUCAGGGACCGCUUUUUAACCAAUCAAUCUGUAAAAUAUCCAUGCAGUUUUGAUUCUCUUCAUGACACAUA